CGAACCCUUGUGGGUGGGCUCGCGCACGCGCAGACAAGAAACGAAGGGAACUCCGGGAGCAGGUAACUCGCACAGUUCUCGGCCUUGGGGAUACAGCAGUGAACAAAACAGUUCUCCUGGUGCAUGUAGGUGAGAGAUUCUGUGGGGUAACUACCUAUGAAUGAAAUUGCAAGACCAAAAAGGAAUUUCUUCACAUGGCUUCCAGAGAAGUGACCAUCACAGUUCGCCUCAUUCGUUCAUUUGAGCAUCGAAAUUUCAAACCUGUGGUAUAUCAUGGAGUUAAUUUGGAUCAAACUGUAAAGGAAUUUAUAGUAUUUCUAAAGCAAGAUGUUCCUUUAAGGACCAGCCUGCCACCGCCAUUCAGAAAUUACAAAUAUGAUAAAUUAAAGAUUAUUCAUCAAGCACAUAAAUCAAAGACAAAUGAACUUGUGAUGAGUUUGGAAGAUGACGACAGACUCCUGUUGGAAGAAGACAGCACUCUGAAAGCAGCUGGAAUUGCCAAUGAAACUGAAAUUGCAUUCUUCUGUGAAGAAGAUUAUAAGAACUACAAAGCUAAUCCCCUUUCAUCCUGGUGAAAACCUCAUGGGGGCUUCCUUUUUGCAUACCUAUAUUAAGCUCUUUA